ACCCGUGCGCCGGCAUCGACUGCGGUUCCAGUGCGUCCUGCAUGCUGCGGGCUGAUGGCACUGCUGACUGCUUGUGCGAGGAUGGUUCUGCCUUCAACAAAACGGACAAGACAUGCUACGCAAAGUGGAUUGCGGGCCAAGUGCUUCUUGCGUGCAGGAGUCUUCUGAUCCCAACAGCCCUCCUGAAUGCGUGUGCAAUGAUAAUAAAGCCUUCAACAAAGCGGACAAGACAUGCUACG